AUGAAGCAAAAAAAAGAGCUCGAGGGUGACAAGAAGUCCGUCAUAAAAUUUGAAUUUAACCCUAAAGAUGGGAUCGACAACCCUGCCUUGUCGCUGGCUGAGGACAUGGAUGGCGAGAGCAUGGGGGAGCCCCGCUUCUACCUCCUGAGCAAGGGCAGUGCAGAGACCUUCGGCUUCUGCCUCCACGAGGAGCUGGGCUGCCAGGGCCACGUCAUCCGGCAGGUCGAGCUGGGGGGGCUGGCCCAGCGCAGGGGCCUGCAGGAUGGGGACCGGCUCCUCCAGGUUAAUGGCCACUUCGUGGACCACAUGGACCACCGCAGGGUGGUGCAGAAGAUCAAGGCCAGUGGGAACCAGGUCCUACUGGCGGUGCUGGACGGCGACUCCUACGAAGCAGCCAAAGCCCUGGGCAGGGACCUGUCCCAGAUGCUGCCAGCUGACGUCCGCCCACGCCUCUGCCACAUCACGCGGGACAAAAGUGGUUUUGGCUUCAAUGUGUCGGGCGUGAAGGGCACCUUCCAGCUGUCGGUGCGUCAGGAUGGGCCAGCAGAGAAAGCAGGGGUGCCGCCAGGCUCCUGGCUCCUGGAGCUGAAUGGGGACAGCGUGAGGAGCUACUCGCACACGCAGCUCGCCCGAAAGCUUAAGCAGAGCGGCAGCAAGGUGACACUGUUGGUGGUGUCCAGUGCCGUGGAGGAGUUUUAAGGCCUGCGGGUCACGGCCGCCUUGGCGGACACCUCCUGGCUCCCCUUCAAGGUCCGGGAGCUGCACAUGCUGAAGGGUCCGGCUGGCUACGGGUUUCUGCUCAAAGAGGAUGACUGCAGCUCAGGGGCCAGAGGCCAAUUCCUGUGGGACGUGGAUGCGGGGCUGCCGGCUGAGCAGGCAGGGAUGAAGGAAGGGGACCGUCUCCUGGCUGUGAACGGUGAGAGCAUCGAGGGGCUGGACCACCAGCAGACAGUGCUCAGGAUCCGUGCCCAUGAUGACCAGGUGACACUGCUGGUCAUUGACCCUGCUGGUGAUGAGUUCUACCAGUCGAUCGGGCUGUCCCCUCUGUUGUUCUUUGAGGACAGUGACCCUGCCUCAGGCUCCCACACGCCCUCCCUGCCCUCUCCCAGUGGCUCCCCUGGACUCUGUCACGUUGAGGUGGGACCAAAGGGACCUGGCUCCUGGCUGGUGGCUGCUGCCAACAAUAUAGGGAUCACACAGAGCCCACGCCGGGAGGAGCAGAGGAGGCUGCACCAGGCGUUCUAG